AUGCGCUAUCUAGACAAUUUACCUACUGACUCGAACGACGAUCUCGUCCUUAUGAUUGAUGGCUAUGAUGUGGUCUUUCAACUUCCCGCCGAUGUUCUCAUUCAACGGUACUUCGCUGUCAUCGGAACAGCAAACGUCAAACUUGCUGCGCAAUACGGGCUGGACUCAGUAGAAAGCCUUUCUGGAGAUAGAAACCCACGACAAACCAUUCUAUUUGGUCCCGAAAAACUCUGUUAUCCAUUCGACUGGAAUCGACCGGGGUGUUGGGCUGUACCCGAAGAUAUCGACAUUCCUGUUGGGGCAUUCGGACCUGACCACGGCGGAUACAGUCACAAUCUACCCCGGUGGCUCAAUUCGGGCACCAUAAUGGGCCCAGUAGGGGACAUGAGAGAAUUGUUCGCAGCGACUUUGAAGCGGAUCAAUGCCACCUACAACCCCCAGCAUGAAUUCAGCGAUUCGGAUCAAUUGUACAUGGGUGAUAUCUGGGGCGAGCAAGAGUUUUGGCGUUCCGUAAACAAACACAACCAUUACUUCCAUGAUGACGUGGACCCAAGAAAAAUCGCACCAGCUGGGGGGCCAGACCAAGUCAUUCCAACUAGGGUUGCCGGCCAAAAAACGGAAUUUCACAUUGGAAUUGACCACAAAUCCGGGCUUUUCCAGACGCGUGCGGGCUCUGAUCAUGUUCUUGAACACCUUGCUUUCAACCAAACUGUAUCUGACGGUGUUGGUGCUUCAGCCUUGAUAACUCGAAAUUCGAUUGAAACCCCAAAUUUUCAGCCCUAUGAGAUUCAACUGCCCGUCAAUGUCAUCUCUUCAUUGACAAGAAUCUCGAGUGCGAUAUCUGACGUCCUCAAGGCCGACCCAAAAGAUUUCGUCACAAAAAUACAUCUCGGAACCAACCUAGUGACAAAACGUGUCUAUGCACUGUUUCAUUGCAUCGGGGAAAAGACUUAUCUCAAUGACUUGUGGUAUCGGCUUUGGUUUCAACAGCAUGCUCGGUUACUUCUAGAAGCGGGAAUUCAGUCUAUGAAAGAAAAGAAGGACAUUUCCAAUGUCCUGAUCGAUGGACGAAAAUGGGCCAUCGCUCAUAGCUACCCGAUCACAUCCGACAAGGGUGUAAACGCCGCUGGUGCAUGGGUGGAUGUUGAUGGCCAGUGGCUAACAUGGAGAGAGCUAUGCCAAUCAUUCGAAGACGACAUUUUCGGGAUGAAACGAUAA